AUGUGUAUGGAGCUUUUAUCACAGUUCAUUCACCAAAGUGUCCAUCAGAACAGAUGGAUUCCAAUUAAGCUCGGACGACAUGGUAUUCCUAUCUCCCAUGAAUUUUAUGCGGAUGUUAUUAUUCUUUUCUCCAAAAUAAUCCAGCAAAACUGUAACACCAUCAUCGACACAGUCAAUAAUUUCUCCUCAUUUACCUGGCAAAAUAUAAACUACAACAAAUCUCUCAUCUUCCUAUCGAGAAAUUUUUUCCAGGAAGAUAAGGAGUAUGUUACUAGUUCCCUACAUAUGAAAGAAGGAACUGCAAUGGGCAAAUAUCUUGGCUUUCCUCUUACCCACACUCGUUAUCAAAGCAGUGAUUUCCAAUUCCGCAUUGACAAUUUUCAAACAACGUCUGGAAGGAUGGAAAAAAAAUUCUUGACCAUGGCACGGCGAACUACUCUUAUUCGCUCCAAUCUUAACAGCCUUGCAAACCAUGUCAUGCAAUUCACCGUUCUUCCGAAACAGUGUUGUCAUCAAAAACUCCCCACUAACCAUUUCUCGUGA